UAUUUGUCUUUCUUUCUAGAAGACAAGAAAGCAAAGAUUCUCAAGUAACCAAAAUUUCUUUUCUUAAUGAUUUUCCAUUUUUGAUUUCUCAUUCUUGCUUUUCUCAUCUUAGAUUGAAUCACAAAUCUAAUCUAGUACUAGUAGUAGGACUCCUCAAGAAGUGUGAAUAACCCAGAAAGUAGUAUGGCAGAAGAGAUAAGAGAACCACUUAUUCAACAACAACACCAUGAUCAUCAAGGAGAAGAAAAUGGGAAACAAAGAGACAACAAAGAAAGUCUGUGGAUGGUUUAUUUGAGUACUUUUGUUGCAGUUUGGGGUUCGUUUGAAUUCGGUACUUGUGCUGGGUAUUCAUCGCCAACUCAGGCUGCAAUUACAGCCGAGCUGAAUCUAUCUUUAGCAGAGUACUCAGUUUUUGGCUCCAUAUUGACAAUUGGUGCAAUGAUUGGCGCAAUUACAAGUGGGUUGAUUGCUGAUUUCAUUGGUCGGAAAGGGGCAUUGAGAACAUCAGCUGCUUCUUGUGUUGCAGGAUGGCUUGCCAUAUACUUCGCCAAGGGUGCAUUGGCCCUUGACAUUGGAAGACUUGCCACGGGAUAUGGGAUGGGAGUCUUUUCUUAUGUGGUACCUGUUUUUAUAGCUGAAAUUGCACCCAAAAAUAUUCGAGGAGCCUUGACAACAUUGAAUCAGCUUAUGAUUACCUGCGGAGUUUCUGCUUCAUUUCUGAUAGGGACGCUUAUGCCAUGGCGCGAACUAGCAUUAUCUUCACUAAUACCUUGCGCCAUUAUGCUUGUGGGUCUAUUUUUCAUUCCAGAAUCACCUAGAUGGCUGGCCAAGAUUGGAAAACGAAAAGAGUUUGAAGGAGCACUUCAAAAGCUUCGGGGAAAGGAAGCUGAUAUUUCCGAGGAAGUGGCCGAAAUCCAGGAUUACAUAGAAACUCUUCAAAAACUCCCACAGGCCAGAAUAUGGGAUUUGUUUCAGAAAAGAUACUUGCGUUCAGUCACUAUUGGAGUUGGAUUGAUGGUGUGUCAACAAUUUGGAGGAAUAAAUGGAAUAGUUUUCUACCUAAGCCAAAUAUUCGUGUCCGCAGGAUUUCCAGCUGAUGUUGGAACUAGUAUCUACGCUGUUCUUCAGAUUGUGGUAACUGCCCUGGGUGCAAGCUUAAUAGAUAGAGCUGGAAGACGGGCACUUCUACUGGUCUCAGCAACAGGAUUGGUUGUUGGUUGCCUCCUAACUGGAAUUGCAUUCUAUAUGAAGGACCAUGAUUUGCUGCUCAAUGCAGUACCAGCCCUCACUGUGACAGGAAUACUGGUGUACAUUGGAUCGUUCUCGGUAGGAAUGGGAGCAGUUCCAUGGGUUGUAAUGUCUGAGGUUUUUCCAAUAAAUGUUAAAGGGGUAGCUGGAAGUCUAGCAACAUUAGUGAACUGGUUUGGUUCAUGGGUGGUUUCUUACACAUUCAAUUAUCUCAUGAGUUGGAGCUCUUCUGGUACAUUUAUCAUAUACGCUGUGGUUAACGGACUAGCAAUAGUAUUUAUCGCCAUGUUAGUACCUGAAACAAAGGGAAGAACUCUAGAAGAGAUUCAAGCUGCCAUCAACAAGUCCUGAAGAUGAAAACCAAAAGGAAGUUAGUCGACGAAUAGUAACUAGCAUUUAUUUCGUUUAUUUUGUCCGAAGUAAACAAAAAUGUAAUCUCAAAGCAUGAUUAAGCAUUCACUGCCACGCUAUUCUGAACAGUAUCAUCCAAUGCUGUUUCAUAUUGUAAUCCAAAUUCAAGCCAAAUGCACUUGUUCAGAUUAAUCAACA